UUUGAAACGAUUACCUCCGCGGGUGGGGUUUCGAAGCAAUAUAAAACAUUGCACUUUUCCGUGUUCCACCGUCUGGGGAACGAAACAAGUCAAGGUCUUAUGCCGAGUCAAUAGCAGUUCCGGUGCAAACAAUGUUUCGUUCCAACGUCAUCACGGAUCUACUUUCUCUCGGCGCACCAGACACCGAAGUCAAUAAAUCCCAGCGAGGAACGGAAGACACAAAACAAACUUUACACCAUCACACAACAGUCAGCUCACUUCAAAGACUGCAAGUGUCGCACAAUUCAAUUCCUACUUCACUCACGACUGAGAAACAUAAUGGAGAAACUUUUUGAUGAGCCAGCAUUUCGGUUCGGUUAGAACCGAUUAACGGACGACCUUUUUCGAUCGACAAUCAGUUUCAAGUCGUAACUCAAACACAUUGUAGGUUAAAAUUUACAGUGCGGAUAACAGCCCCGGUGGCCACAACUCCGGCAUGAAACAUGAAAAAGUUAUGAAUCAACAAUUGCUAGUGACGCUCGCUGUACCACUGAUGCUGCUGUUGCUGAUGGAUGGCUGCAUCACGGCCGAGAACCAGACGACCACAGUCGUCCCACCGGCCGGCAAUAAUCGCACGUCGUUCGAUUCUUACUUGAACGAGUACAAUAAAAAGUAUGUUGUGAAAUACAGAAUCGAUCGAAGGAAGAAUGCUUUCGAGAAAAACUUGGAGGAAAUUGAAAGCCACAACCAGCAGUUUCAGGCAGGCAAGAGUCAGUUUCAAAUGGGAGUUAAUGUGUUUGCUGACUUGGACAAUGAACUGUACAAAAAGCGAAUGGUGCGCAUGAGGGACACCAACCACCGCAAGAUGGACGUGGAAAUCGCCGACGAAUUAGUUGGAGCACCUGCCGGAAUGCCGGAUAGUUUAGACUGGCGCGAAAAAGGUUUCGUAACGGAUAUGGCGAAUCAAAAGACUUGUGGUUCCUGUUAUGCGUUUAGCAUUGCGUACGCAAUCAGUGGUCAGAUUGUGCAACGAAUCGGUCGGAUGGAACUGGUCAGCGAGCAGCAACUGGUUGAUUGUUCAACGUCGGCAGGAAAUCAGGGAUGUGCUGGCGGUUCUCUGAGGUACGCCCUCAAGUAUCUAGAAAGUUGUGGGGGUAUAAUGAGGGCGUCAGACUACCCGUACACUGGAGCGGUAAGUAUCGGUACAGGUUUCAUACAAAUUAUUUCAGCCAAAAUUGCCAAUCCAGCACCACUUUCCAAAAGUUCGUCGUUAGUCAAGGUAACCUUGUUUUGUUUUCUAUUCACUUUUGAUCCAAUAACCAUUAAUAAAUUUCUCCAAAUUAGUUUCACUUCCAGUGAAAAUAUACACACCUCAUUAGAGGGUGCGAUCAACAGUUCGUUACAUGCAAAAUAGCAACAAAUCAAAGUCGUUCACACUUUCGGUAUCCUGUAGCUUCUCCUUCAGCAGGAUCCGAUGCCAUCAGUUUGCCGCCGACUAGACAAGCAUGGUAUGUACAUACCGCAAAAAGGAGCAACUUUUCCGUGCUGGAAGACAUUGUACACCACACGUGCGGGGCACGACAAUAACAGCGAGGUUGGGAAAGGGCUCGUUCUUUUUUGCAAACAUUAUGGUUUGUCGUGCUAAACAGUUAUUUCUACGCCACACGGUCGAAGGGUGUUCGAAGAAGUGAUUAGUCAUUGAGGUGAGGUUUUUUCUAUGUCUGUUUCCUUUUUCGGUGAAUAACCAUGACUGGGUGGAAAUCAGUCCUGUUCUGAAAAGGCUAUUGGGAAAUCCGCAGAAAUGUAUUCAUUCGGGUACGAUGAAGGGUGUGUAUUUUUUAUCCAAUUUAAUUUGAAUGUUUGCAUUGUAAUUUGUCGGAAAUCAAUUCAAAUAAAUCCUAUUGGAAUUCUAAUAA